UAGGAGCAGGAUUUGAGAGCCCAUAAAAUCGACACCCACCAAAAACACUCGAGACACUGAGACGGAGAGAUCGCAAAUAUGGGUUCCGUUGUUGCAAUGAAGGCCGUCGCCGUUCUCUUCUUCUUGUCUCUCUCCGGCUUUGUUUUGGCCUACAAGGUGAAGGAAGUCAAAGAGUUGCAGAUUGGUGUUAAGUAUAAGCCAGAAGCUUGUGAACUUCAAGCUCGCAAAGGUGAUAAAGUCAGGGUACACUAUCGGGGGAAACUCACUGAUGGAACUGUAUUUGAUUCUAGUUUUGAAAGGGGCGAUCCAAUCCUUUUUGAGCUUGGGACUGGUCAAGUUAUUAAAGGAUGGGACCAAGGAAUUCUGGGAAUGUGCGUAGGUGAGAAGAGGAAGUUGAAAAUUCCGGCAAAGCUUGGCUAUGGAGAGCAGGGUUCUCCACCAACCAUCCCAGGAGGCGCAACACUGAUAUUUGACACGGAGCUCAUUGAAAUUUUGGGAAGAGGAUCGAAACCUAAAGAUGACGAGCUGUAGUUGGGGAAUGAUUUCUGACUCGGGCUGCUCCUUCGUUUUUCAUUUCUUAGUUGUGUUCAAGAAAUUACUUGUAACCAGUGGCUUGGUGAGCCAAAACUUUAUUUUGCUUUACAAUCAUUAGCAGACUACACUACGUUUUUUUCAAUGUACUUUUGAACUUAAGAGGAAAUAUGUUUUCUUACCAUAAUUUGACAUGCCGAGGUGCGAUGUUUUGAGA